AUGAACUCGGGGGCUCCGGAUCGGCAGAUCCCGCUGGCGCCCAACACCAGGGUAUUUGGGCACAUUGAUCGACAGAUCGACAUAAACCGGAUCGUCGUCCCCGGAUUCCCGGUUUCGAGUACCGGCGAAUUUAUGCGUGGUCAUGGGACGUAUUUCCGGAACGGAGAACUACACGCAUCUUUGGCUGGCUCCGUUCGCCAAGUGAAUCAACUCAUCAACGUGCAGAGCAUCAAGCAACGAUACAGUCCAGAGGUCGGUGACGUGAUCGUCGGCUCGAUCACGGAGGUGCAGGACAAGCGCUGGAAAGUGGACAUCAACAGCCGAUCCGACGGCCAUUUAUUGUUGGCCAGUGUCAAUUUGCCGGGCGGAGAAUUGAGAAGAAAAACGGUAGAAGACGAACUGGCGAUGCGGGACUACCUCGUUGAAGGUGAUUUCAUAUCCGCAGAAGUUCAGCAAGUACACCACGACGGCGCCUGCUUUUUGCACACACGGAAUUUGAAAUACGGAAAGCUCGGGCUUGGAUUGGCCGUCAAAGUGCCCAGCUACCUGAUCAAACGACGAAAAGCCCACUUCCACUCGCUGCCCUGUGGCGUGGGCGUCAUCAUUGGCUGUAAUGGGAUGAUUUGGCUAUGCGAACAAAUUUCUGAAGACGUUGACGGUGGCUACAACAUUGAUUUGGCAGCCAGGGUCCCGGAAGAGACGUUGCGGGUAAUCGCCCGACUUCACAAUUGCAUCCGCCUGCUCGCCAACCACGGCAUCCACAUUUUCGAGACGUCCAUCAUGUUCUGCUACGACUUAUCGAAAAGCCACGGCACCCAAGAAUUGCUGCGCAACGACUUGGCCGCCGAGCUCGCCGACCAGGUGAUCCAGCAGCUGCGCGCCGGCAUGGAGGAA